AGGAAGAGCGGACAGAUGAGGCAGGGUCUUCCUCAGGUGCUCAGACACAUAGUGGAGUUUGUGGAGAAGCAUGGUCUCAGUAAGAGUGGCCUGUUCAGAGCCGGCAGUUCAGUGAAACGCUGCAAGGAACUGAGGAAAAGUUUAGAUGAAGGAGGCUUUCCAGAGUUUGACAGUUGGGAUAUUCUUACUUCGGCCUCCUUAUUGAAAGUUUUCCUCAGGGAAUUGCCUGGUGGACUUAUUCCAGAGCCACACAGGACACAACUGCUGAAGGUGUUCAGGGAUUCAAAAAAGGAAGAACUGAAUCAGGCUGUGAGGACUGUGCUGAACAGUCUUCCAGAAGAACAUUUAAAUGUCCUCUGCUACCUAAUGUUCUUCCUGUCCCGUGUUGUUGCUGAGAGUCAUCUAAAUCUUAUGACGUCUAAAAACUUGUCAAUAGUUUUUGGACCUAACAUCUUUCACGUUCCUUUCGGCCCCACCAUGGUUGAAGAACAGGGGCAGUGUAACGCUUUGAUUGAGCACCUGCUGGACAACCUGAUCCACCUGCUGCCAAACAUGUACCCUCAUGCAUCCACCAGCAAAACAGCAGAGGAAAGGGACUGGACUAAUGAAGAGUGUGUCCAACAACUGCCACUCAAAGAAAUAAGAUUAAAGCUUCCCAAAAUUGGACGACUUGGGCGAUUGAGAAAAGGAUUAAGAGGUUUUUGGAGAAAGUUGUGCUCAUGCACUUACAGCAGUGACAUAGAGAGUGGAGAAGCCUCUGGAGACCCAGAUAUAGGAGAGUAAAAGACACUAUAGCUUGUGAGGGUCACCACAAAACACUGGGGCCACUGCUAGACAGUGGGGCCGGGAAGGGCCACCAGAAGACACUGGGGUCAGUGAGGGUCACCGGAAGACAGUGGCGUUGGUGAGGGUUACGAGAAGACACUGGGGCCAGUGAGGGUCACUGGAAGACAGUGGUGUUGGUGAGGGUUACAAGAAGACACUGGGGCCAGUGAAGGCCACCAGAAGACACUGGGGCCGGUGAGAGUCACCGUAAGACAGUAGGGUUGGUGAGGGUCACCAGAAGACACUGCGGCCAAAUGAGGGUAACUGCAAAACACGGGCCAGUGAGGGUCACUGCAAGAUAAUGAGGCUGGUGAGGGUCACUGGAAGACACUUGGGCUGAUGAGGGUCACCCGGAAGGCAAUGGGGCAGUGAGGGUCACCACAAGACAAUAG